ACGAGGUGCCGGUUCAGAGACAUAAUGGCCGAAGCAUUGCCAAACAGGCGAUUUAUUCGAAAAGACAAAGUUUUCAUCGAGAAAGCUUGGGAUAAGUUCUUUGAAUUCUUUGAUGAUGAAAACCAUACAGACGUAACAUUCUUGUGGAGGAACAGUCAACAACGCAUUACAGCUCAUCGCCUCAUAUUGGCCGCAUCGAGUGCUUACUUUAAUGAACUCUUCCAAACGCCUCGGGGCAUCGUACCAGCGAUCUAUAUUGAAAAUGUUGCACCACAGCCUUUUGAAUUACUUAUUGCAUAUUGCUACUCGGGCAAGCUUUAUCCCACAAAGCAUAAUGUGUGCGAACUUUUGAAUGCAGCAACAACUUUGAAACUUUGCGGUGCUGCUGCUAUUUGUACAACUUACUUAAAGGGUAGCACGGAAAAACCACAAACGAGCGUUACGCCAAUGAACCCUUCAACAAGUGGAUCCAUGAAUCCAAAUCCAGGUGCCCCAGUAAUCACAACCAGCCAGGCUCCAAGUAGCGUGCCGUUGCGCAAUUUCAGGCCGGACCAAAUUGGAUCGCGAACAAAUAGUGGCGCUCGAGUGAAUCAAACCAAAACUGUAAAGAAUAAAAAUUUGACUUUGGCACCGUCUGCUCGCAGAGCGACUGAGAGAAGUAUUCAAAAGAAGGAAUCCAUUUUGGCAAUACGAAAGUGUGACUGGCAAAAGGACAAUGAGAGUUGUAUAUAUCGGUGCGAUGAAUCUGCGAAGCAAUGGAUACAAUACGACGUAUUGCUUUUCCCUAGAAUAUACUCAGGCUUAGCAUACUCAAACCGAAAACUAAUCUCCGUUGGCGGCUUGUUGGAUGAUCAACCAACUAGUAGUGUAUAUUCAUACAAUUUAGCGACCCAGACAUGGAUGGAAUUGCCAGCAAUGGUGACGUCUAGAGGCAGUGUGUGUGUCGCUACAGUCAAUGGUAAUAUUUAUGCAAUAGGCGGAUAUGAUGGCUCAAACAGGGUCCUCGGUACUAUGGAAAAACUCAAUCUCACCAACGGCAAAAAAUGGACUUUACUUCGGAAAAUGUCAAUGCCACGACGUAAUGCCACUGCUUUGGCUAUUGGCGAACUUAUUUAUAUAAUCGGUGGUUUCGAUAAGGAUUGGCAGCAACUAAGAUCGGUGGAAUGCUACAACAUAAGAACGACUACCUGGACUAAGUGUGCUGAUAUGCAUACUGCUCGACAUGACUGUGGAGCAUCCGUAUUAAAUGGUAUCAUAUACGUAAUCGGUUCAGGAAACUUGCCGCCUUUCCGUCAUGAUGUGGAAUGCUAUAAUCCGCAUACUGAUACCUGGACGAAGGUGUCUUCAUUGAUUACCGCACGACAUGGCAUCAACGGCGUAACAUUCAAUGGACAAUUGUUGGCCGUCGGUGGUUUCUUACCAAAUAAUUACAAAGGCUUAGUUGAAAUGUAUAAUCCAACGCAAAACAUUUGGGCGAAAACAAUGCCGCUACCAACCGCUGGUAUAUAUAAAUGCUUUGUUUUGCCCACAGAGGAGCUCGUUAAUAUGGAGCCAGCCCGCAGAGCCAGCCUAGCUUUAAGUCGUACAUAAAUUGAAUUUCCUGACGUGUCUUUGUUAACUGCGUGUUUGUAUGUGUGCUGCACUAAUGAAGCUGCUUUGAGGCAAAAAUUAUAUGUAAUUUUACCGUA